CGGAUAGGACGAUGUCCUAUGAGACGGGACAACUCCGAUUUGGCUUCUACGUUCAGCCAUCAAGAGUUGUAAGUGAUAAUUUCCUGUUUUCGUCGGAGGUGUUCAAUAUGUAAUAUUUUGUGCCAUAUCUAUAGUGUUUUCUCCACAAUUAGUUCUCAGCGAAGUGCAAUUCUUUCUUGUGUUCGUGAACUGGUAAUUCUGGCUGUGUUUGUUAUUGUAGGUGAAAUUCGUAGUGUAGGCAGUAGCCUAAAUUUACUAUGUGCGUUUCAGUUUCGCAAUCUUUCUAAAAAAAUGCUGUGACUUUGUUGUAUGAAACUCUCCAACAUAAACUUAUCUUCUCGGCGGAUGAGAUAACGGUUUCUAUGCAUCACCUGCCAAAGAAGUAUUGAAAUCCAAUGUUUCCAAACGAAUCUAGUUCAGACGAGUUCACUUCUAAAACUAAUGCCUUUGUACAAAAAAUUAAGGAGGUGCAGCAUAACAAUCCUACCGACCAAGUGCCUGAAUUGAGGGACACAAUCGACUGCAGAGCAGAUAAUGCAAUGAAGACUGCACCGAAACCCAUCUUCCCGACUUCGCCUAAUGGCUGUGAGCCGCGUGGCGAGUGUCGGGCGGGGGGAGAUGGGGGCGGAGCUGGCCCCCUCCUCACCCUUCCCUCUUUGUCUGUGAUAUCCAGCUCACCCCUACAGGAGCCUACCCCUCCGUCCGUUACACAGAGCUCCGAAUCAAGUGUUGUCGACCUGAUCGACGGUGCUCUAGCUCUCCCCUGUAAUGUUAAGGUUAGCUGUAAGUCUACACUGGGGAGUCUGACUCCCCAUUACAUUCCAGAACAUUCGUACGCAGUGGCCUCUUACAAGGCUCGGUGGGGCAUCCCCCGGUCACUGCGGUUGGCUGGUGGCGGUGAAACAGCCACAGCCACACCCGGAUGGAACAACAACAACACGAACAACGGAAACUCGGGCUUCAACAACGCGGCGACUGGUGGCAGCGGCCCAGCGCCUUACAACAACAACGGCAACAACACUAGUCCUCAGCAGAACUCAACCACUGGUAACACAGGUUUAAAACAGCCAGCCAACACAACACCUUGCAGCCAGGCUGCACCCACAUCACAACCAGCCACGUCCACGCAACAAACAACACCAGUCACAUCAAACAGCCAGGCGCAACAACCAGCCACUUCUAGUAGCCAAGCACAGAACGGCAACGCAGGGGCUACAUGGGCCCAGGCAGCUGGCAAGGGUCUUCCACCCACGUCAGCGGCCGCAACCAACUCAGUAGCUCCUGCUUCUCAGUCCACCAAACAACAGCUGGAGCAACUCAACAACAUGCGAGAGGCGCUGUUCAGUCAGGACGGCUGGGGCGCUCAUGUAAAUCAAGACAGCGGAUGGGAUAUUCCCUCCAGUCCAGAACCGGGACAAAAGGACAGCACAGGAGCGCCUCUUCCACCAGUUUGGAAACCCAAUGUCAACAACGGAACGGACUUAUGGGAACAGAACUUGAGGAAUGGAGGUCAGCCACCACCUCGGGUGGAGAAGACUACGCCGUGGGGCUCUCACACUCCUGCCAGUAACAUCGGCGGCACCUGGGGUGUGGAUGACGACUGUCCAGACAACGGCAAUAUGUGGAACCCUCAGGCACAAUGGCCAGGACCCAACCAGCCAAUAUGGCCUGGUGGUGCAAAUGGUCCCAAAAAGGAAGGAGAGUGGGGGGCGGGGGCUGCUGCCGGUUCUAACUGGGGUGACCCCAUGAGAGCGUCAAUGGACCCCAGAGAUCCCAUGGCUAGGGACCCUCGUGGAUCAAUAGUGGACCAACGAGACCCCAUGAGAGGAGUCAUGGACCAGCACAGAGGCAUGGUGGGUGGUGACAUGGUUAUGAGAGGUGAUCCAGCCAUGCGAGGUAUUAGCGGCAGACUGAACGGAGGGGCAACGGAAGGUAUGUGGGGCCCUGGGCCUCAUCACAUGCCUCCUGCUAAGCCCUGGCCUGCGGGACCUCCACCUAGCAAGGAUAAAUCCAAUGGCUGGGAAGAGCCGAGUCCACCACAGCAGCGACGAAAUAUUCCUGGCUACGAUGAUGGCACAAGUCUUUGGGGCAGUGGGCAACAGCGUGCAGCUGCUAUGCAGGCGGCUGCUGGACAGAAGAACCCUGUAUCCCACUGGAAGGAGCUUCCUCCCGCUGGCAUGGGCAGAGGCAUGCCCCCGGGAAUGCCUCAGAACCGCAUGCCUAAUGACAUAAAAGGAAACAACCCACUAUGGCCCCAUCCUGCAAGGAACGGGUCGUGGGAGGGAGGUCAUGAUGCUGCUGGUCCGUGGCCAGAUGAGAAAGUCGGGGUGUCUUGGAACGACCCUUCGCUGCUGUCUGGACCAAAGUACAAGAUGGGAGGGGAAUGGGAUGUCAACCCAAUGAAUCCAGGAUGGGACCACCCGCCCAAACAGCCUCAAAAGCCUUUGUCUAAAGACAUUGUUUGGGCGAGCAAACAGUUCCGAAUUCUUUCUGAAAUGGGAUUCAAAAAAGAAGACAUUGAGACUGCCUUACGAAACUCGAACAUGAACAUAGAAGAUGCUCUGGAGUUGCUGAACAUGUCAGGCAACUGGCGCAGAGGCCACUCAGACAUGGAGCCUCCGUUUGACCACUCCAACCCUCCUGGACAGUUCACCUCUCAACGCUUCAACCCUCAACAGCUGCCCUUCGCACCUCCUGGUUCGAGUGGGAACGGUCCAAACUCAAGCCAGCUGGGUAGCAUGAGCCCAGCGAUUGUCCAGAAGAUCAUGACACAGCAACCACCUCCAGCGCAGACGCCUAGUCAACCUCCUGCUACCUUCACCCAGACGACACGACCACAGCAGGCCAGUCAGCCGUCGGCUCACCAGCUGAGGAUGUUAGUGCAGCAGAUUCAAAUGGCAGUGCAGACUGGCUACCUUAACCACCAGAUACUGAACCAGCCGCUGGCACCGCAGACACUGAUCCUACUGAACCAGCUGCUGCAGCACAUCAAGGUGCUUCAGAAUCUGCAGAUGAGUCAACAACAGAUGCUGCAGCUGCAGAACCCUCUAGCCAAGCAGCCACAAAAUGACAAGGCACUGCUGCAUAAUGCUGUACAUCUCACCAAGACCAAGCAGCAGAUCACCAACUUGCAGAACCAGAUCCAGGCGCAACAGGCGAUCUACGUCAAGCAGCACAACCAGAUGCCUCCACAGGCUGGUGCCAGUGACUUCUUCAAAGCCAAUCACGACCCUCUCUCCGCCUUGCCUUCCACCUUCAGUGAACUGUCCCUAAACAAGGAGCCUCAGCACUCGUCAGCAUUCCAGUCUCAGCAGUCGAGACUCAACCAGUGGAAGCUGCCCUCGCUAGACAAGGAUGGAGACAUGACUGGGUCAGAGUUCAGUCGGGCACCAGGGACAACAGCCAAGCCAGCCACAGGCAACUCAUCACCCAACUUGCCACCGCUACUAGGCCAGGCCGACGGGACAUGGAGCCGCAGCAACUCAGAAGGAGGGUGGCCGGACUCCAGCAGUGUGUCAGACGACAGUAAGGAGUGGCCCAACACCUCCCAGGCCUCCAACCAGGCCUUCACUGACCUAGUGCCUGAGUUUGAGCCAGGAAAACCUUGGAAGGGUACCCAGAUGAAGAGUAUCGAGGAUGAUCCCAGCAUCACGCCUGGCUCUGUGGUCCGCUCCCCUCUCUCCCUGGCCACCAUCAAGGACACAGAGAUAUUCAGUAGUGGAGGAGCAGGGGGCAAGACAUCCCCCACAGUAGGAGUGGGGGCUGACACCAUCCCUCCGAUGAGUCUCACCAAUAACACUUGGAGCUUCAACCCACCAGCAUCCACUACCAGCUCCAGCUUUACCAGCCCACUAGGAAAGCUGAGCGGGUCAAAGAGUGCUUGGGGUGAAGCUGGCCCUGGGGGAGACCUGUGGGCCCCCAACAAGGCACGAGGUCCCCCGCCAGGCCUCAGCAGCAACAAGGGACCCAGCACCAACGGCUGGGGCAGCCUGGGCGGAGGGGGUAGUAGAUGGGGCCCGGGACACAACAAUCCCGGGACCACCUGGACCAACCAGCCCAAUUCUACCUGGCUUCUGCUCAAGAACCUUACACCCCAGAUUGACGGAUCAACGCUUAAGACACUGUGUGUUCAACACGGGCCUCUACAGAACUUCCACUUGUACCUGAACCAUGGCAUCGCUCUGGCUAAAUACUCCACCAGGGACGAGGCCAGCAAAGCUCAAGGGGCUCUGAACAACUGUGUGCUGAGCAACACAUCCAUCUACUCUGAGAUGCUGGCAGAGUCAGAGGUCCAGCAGCUACUACAGCACCUGUCAGCUGGUAGUGGAGCUACCGGGGGUGGCUGGGGACGUGGCGGAGGCAAGGCCACUACCUGGGGCUCUGACUGGCCUCCCGCCUCUAGCUCCUUGUGGGGGGGUGACGCCCCUCCUGACCCCCACCGCUCCACACCCUCCUCAUUAAACUCCUUCCUGCCCGGCGACCUACUCGGCCCCGGCGAUAGCAUGUAACGAGUCGAUCUCUUCAAUCAUCUAGACUGUUCGUCGAAAAGUAUUUAAGUAAUAAAGUAAUUUGUAUCUUACAGUAAAAAUAAUUUUAUAACGGUGUAAAUGUAACUUAAAUUUUUAUCAGUAUGAUAAAGUGCGAUGGCACAGCGGACUAUUGUGCGUCGUACUGUUUAGGUGAACUGCGCUGUGAAAAUUGUGUGGCUUUUUUAACUAUAUUUUAUUACGAGAAUAUUACCUCUGUUGUUACGAUAUACUUUCUUUUUUUUAUCUCUUAUGUUUUAUCGAAGACUCUUGAAAUGUUGUUCACUUUAGGGAUAAUAAGAGAUUACUAUUAUCGAAGCAUAAAUCUGUUAGUGUUAGUGUUACGUUUUCGACUAUGGUGCAAAAUGUGUAUUAAAUAUUAUAUUAUAUAGAUUUAUAAGUGAUUUCUAAUUUAUAAUUUUACUGAUAGGCCUUUGCGGCAUCUCGGAGCGGUCUCUUCUCUAUUAACGAAUGACAGGGAUCGUAAUGUUUUAAUUUUUGGUUUAUAGUUUGUCUUCCAAUACCUAGUGAGGCAGCGAGUUGCGGCCGCUCCACUCGGUGCCGCGUUUCUCGUCUGAUUAACCGAAUGCCAAUUUUAGUUUUAAGCCGAACUCUGCUCUGUGUAGCGUGUCGGGUGUAUAUACUUUUAAUUUCCUUUGAUUUUAGAAAAUAAUUGAUACAUGUGCUUAAAAUUCUUCUCUAUUGCCAAUCUCGAACCAAAUAUUAUAUAAUAGGGUAACUGUACGAACAUAGUAUAAUUAUGUUUGUAACUGUAGGCGCACUAAGGGUUAGUUUGGUAGUGCAAGUAUAGCGUGAGGAGGUGUAAAGACAGAAAUUGAGGCCUCUUUGCUCACCCAUCUCCUGUAAAUGUGAUAUCGGUCAAGUGAUACGUACGCAGAUUUCUGGCUGUACACAGAAUAUAUAUAUUGCUAACUUUAGUAUUAAGACGAUAAGCUUACACUUUUGUUCCUUCUCGGUUUAAGUAAAACAGAGUUUCGGGGAGUCGUGCCGACCGCCAGUGCGUUUCUAGUCCGUCUCUGAGGAUGUUUCUUGUACCUGCGCGAGCGCGCGGUCGGUGCGGCAUUUAUCUCCGUGCGCGAUAUUCACCGUCCGAGGAAUAUCGCUCCGGCGUAGUUCCUGGUCACAACUGCCUCUCUGUUACCGUCGCCCGAAUAAUCGUGUUUUCCCCUCCGAAAGCUCGUGGGAGUUAGAGUUUUCGCCACGACAAUGAUUAUUAGUUAAGGUAUUUUUGCACAAAUUGGACACAGGGCAUUGAGAUAUUAAAAGAUACGCGGAAGUAAUUACUCGAUGUAAUAAUCAUGUCUAGAUAUAAAUAAAAUAUUAUCGGGUAAUUUUGAUCAGCUGUAGAAUAGAUUCCCUGUGAAACUUGACGAUCAGACAAUCCUUUUAGCGGUUACCGUUGUUUUGUAUCUAAAUCAUUUUCGAUCUGCUUUCAAACUCAGCCAUGACGUGGUUUUACGGCUAAAUAUUUUGUUUUUGUCCAAUAUUAUGUAGUUUGCUAUUCAAAUUUUUUUGUCAGAUAAUUUUUAUUUUUGUGGAUUUUACUCCAUUUUUUGUGAUUUCGAGAUGACAAGUCUUUAUUGUUUAGAUUUACCGUAAAGCGAACGUAGGCAGGAAGUUCUUGUCUGGUGCUAAUUACUAAAUUGAAUCAGUAAAUGAACGUCUGGUCGUCUUCCCCCCUUAUGUGAUUCAAGUGCCACUUUUUGUUUUUGAGAAUAAUUAUGAUAUUGAUGUUGUACAAUUGUUAAAAUAAGAGUGUUGAAGAGUUUUAACUUAAAAGUAUUGAAUAAUAAUAAUAAUAAUAAAAUAAUGAUAAAAAAUAUUAAAAACAAAAAAAAAAGUGUGAGUGAAUGGGUGUGUGGGUGCUGUUGUAAUGUAUAUUGUGAUGUAAGGGUCGGGGGCGUUUAUUCAUCGCUCUGACCAAACUAAUGCCUCACUCUCGUUUCAUCGGCAACAUCGGGAACACCAAUUGAAGACUGUUUGCGUCGACCAAGCAAUAAUCUGUCUGUCGGUCUGAUCCGACAGUGUUCGGCCGUUCCGUUUGUUUGUUCGUUUGUCCGUUCUUGGUCGGCGAGUGUAAACGCCCCCGUCUCAUCAGCCAUAUCAAUAAUAUGUCAAUAUUAUUAUGUAGUUUUUUUAACAAAUCACAUGAGACUUAUUAAAGCCAAUAGAGGUUACACCAGUCACAUUUCGUAGUCUAUUUGUCGUUAGUCGAUUUUUAUUUUAUAAUUUUCAUAUAUAGUUUCUACCGAGAGCCGAAGUUAUAAUUUUGUUUGGAAGUAAUGUUUUUAGUUUCCAGUCGACGGUUUUUCUCGACCAAUCGCGUUUCUGCGGAGACAGCCUUAUAUCGUUGUUUGUUUGUUUUAGAUUAAUCACUCGGGUUUGUGGGUUUUGUUUGCAGAUGAUUCUAUACCAUAGUUCGUAAGUUAGAUGUAAGAUUAACGGUUAUGGUUUAGUCGUCAGGGUUAUACGAGUAUUCAGAGUUUUCAAACCGAUUUAAGACUGAAUGUCGGAGGUUUCAGAGAUCUGUCAGGUUCCACCCGCUGACAUGUACCGACUCGACAAACUGAACAAAACAAACUUUCCGUGCCUCUUUGGUGAGGGUUGAUGUUCAAGGCUGCAGCACCACUCUAGUCUCCCUUAGCUUUCACUCACUUAGCAUUUAUACAUUUACUUUAUGUGUACGUGCAAUGGCAAGAAAGAUCUCCUUUCUCUUGACUCUUACCGUUUUAAAAUACUCUGGUAUAAAAUCAGCAGCAACCAUUCAAAUGUUCCAUAUCGAAUUUGUAACUGAAAGUAUUAACAAAUUUCUUUUCUGAUGGAGAAAAGGUCGGAUAUUGUCUUAAUUACUACUUAAUAAUUAUUAGAUUGAAUUUGAGGUGAACUUAGAAUUAAUUUGUUGAAUAGUUAAGCUAUUAUUAUAACUCAACAUUCCCAAACGGUGAGAUUCUGAAGGAAGGAAAUUGUCGUACGCCGUGUCUUGAGGGGUAGAAGAUCAAGUAUUGUCAAGGUGCCGCUCAUGCGCCGGCCUCUUUCCCCCAAGUGCCUUUAGUCUGAGUGCAAUUUAGUUGUAAUCUAGGCUAAGACCUGGCUUUGUGUUCACUGACUUGACUGUUUAGCCGUAGUUUUAAGUUGGUUUAGUUUAAGUUGCAACUAGCAAUAAUGCCAUCGGCUUCUCUCUCCUCGACUACAUUCCACAAGGAUUUCGAGGGGAGAUUGCUGAAGCAGCUUUUUAACUCUUGUACUUCAACUUGCUCAGUUUUAUAAAUUGGAAUAUUGGAUCCAGAAUUUUUUACAUGUUAUGGGGUUUUUUUAAUUCUAAAGACGAGUACACCAAAACAAUAGAGUUAUAGGACUGCCCUAUGAAGACUGCAGUGGAACGCAAUAGUUAGUUUAGGUUAGGAUUGGCAGUUCUCAAGUUUUUGGUCAUUCCUGUUUUGACAUUUCCGCAAAAAGGAACAAAUUCCAGAUAAGGGCUAGUCUUGACUGCAAGCUCUUCCGUUCCAGUCGACCAAGUAGUGCGAGUUUUGACGACAUAGUUUAGUUCCUGCAAGGAAAACUUCCUUAUUCAUUCGGACUGUAAAGCCUAAGUUUUUCAAACUGAUAGAAAAUUAGCCUAACAAUAAAUAUUAAAUUGUUUUAGAUAAUUAUUGUUAUUGUGAAUAAUUUUUAUUUUAAUGUUAUAGAGUAUUGUUUGAUUUAGUGUGUACUCAGUGUCUUUAAUAUCCAUUUGUGGCCCAUCACUUAUAAACAUCUACUAUUAUUUGUAUUUUACUGAAAGAACUCAAACUGUUAAUUCUCGUUACCAGCUGUGAUACUUGCAAUUCAGCGUAGAUUAGUGUUCAAAUCAAAUUUUUGUAAGUGAGAAGGUAUAAAAUGAAUAAGGAAGUAGUGUGUUACAUAAUACUAAAAUACAAUUUUCAAUCUGAAGUCAAACUUCCAUGUGCAUGAAACCAUCAAGGUUUCAAUUUUUCCUUCUUUGUACAUAAUACUCUACUUUUUUAUUGUAUGCUGUAUAUAAUUUUUGAAAUAGUACUGAAUGAAAUAUAUUGCAUGUCUCAAAAGCCUUUGUAAGUAAUAAGAUUAAAUAAUAUAACAGUCUAUUGAAUCUUUAAAUACCUAAGCUCAAAAGAGAAAACUAAAGUUUUAUGACCCGAUGCAAUCGAAUAGUCUAGUUACUAAGUACUGUUAUAAUCAAACCGAUAUUUUGUGAUAAACUAUCAGUCUCAGAUCUCAUCCCAGCUCACCAUCGUUAAAUCUAUGACAAAUUAUUUAUUUUUGUUUUCUGCUCGUUUUGUUUUGUGUAUAUUUGCAUUUUAAUUUUUAAGUGCUGUUAUCACAGUCCGUUUUCAAUCAUAGAAACCGACUAAUUUAAGGCAUUGUGUGAUAUGUUUUUGUUAAUUAAUACUCUAGAAUUUGUAAGAGAAGCUUUAUUCUCGGUUUAGCGGUUAAAUGUAAUUGUUCAGUAUGUAGUGCCAAAAACAAAGUUGGACACAGAUAAAUUUUGAAGAAGUAUUAUGGGAAAACAUUUCAUGUCUGAAGCACUGUCAUAAACGCUUAGUAAGUAACCAAAUUAGUAGUUUUGUUUUCGGGUUUCUCUCUACUUGUUUAGUCGGUUAAGCGAAUUAUCGGUUGUCAGUUUAGUCGUAAGUUAGGUUAAGCCGCUGGCAGCCAGGAACAUCAACCAUCGCCGUAUCUCGAUCGAUCGUACGGUGACGCACGCAAGUCGCAUCACAAGACUCGAGAUUGUGAUAAGCACAUCGCUUCCUAUGUCGUAGUCGAUAAGAUUCCGUUGUAGCUAGCCCCCCGACAUCACGCGAAAAACAGAAACCGCUCGGAAACGACUGUCACCUUGCAAUCGCGUUUUCCAAAUUAGCUUUAAAGUUAGCAUAAGAUGUUGACAGAUAGUAUUUUUUAUUACUGACGGAUACGUUUCCCGGCAGAGUUUUUGUUGUUCGCCUCCCCCCCUGCCCCACCGGUCGUGUCGAUGGCCUAAACUUACGGUGACAAUAUCUCAUUAGGGUGGGAGAGGUGAGUCAGUAUUGUAUUGUGUGGGGUGGGACAUUCUAUGUUAAGUGCUUUUAACAACUGUGUACUGUAAACGUAACUACCAAUCCCUUUAUGUAUAGGACCAGCAAGUAUGCAUUCAAUAAAGGUUGUCCUCAGUGUCUGUAUUUAA